GAGAGGCAGGAGCAGGAGUGGAGACCAUUUUGAAGGCCAGGCACCAGCUGCCCUGGAUGUGAGCUUUCAUCGUGCAGGAUCUCAGCAUUUCUCAGACCUCCUGAGGGAUUCUCAGCGUGAAUCAGAAAGACCACAACUCCGCAGGAGAAUCUCCUUCUCCUCAGAUGAUGAAGAGCUGCACCUCACGCACCAUACCCAGCAGCAACCAGGAGCACCACUUCUUUCUCCUCACACUCCCACGGAAGAUGGUCUCAAUGAUGACGCACAGAGGGACUGUGAAAACUGUGCUGAAGUUCCAGACACCAGUCACUGGAUCCUGGUGGAGCCUGAGGUCUCCAUAGAGAAUACUGUCACAGUCUACACCCUGAGCUCUGCUGAAGGGAACUAUGAGUGUUCAAAGUCUGGUCUGCGCUGGGCCUGUGCUGGUCAAGUUACCGUGCAGUACCAGUUCAUGGACUGGUACGUCUUUACUAAAGAGCUGGCCCAAAUGCAGUGCAGUCCAGCUGGUCCUCUGAUGGACAUCAAGCUCAUGUCAGGAGAGCUGGAGGAGAUCCACCUGCCUCAUUUCCUGUGUUUGGGAGGGUGUCAGUUGGCCCUGAAGGAUGUGGUCAAGGUUCUGCAUGAGCAGGACGGUGGAGUAUAUUUGGAGACGUGUGAGCUGACCAGACACCAUGCCAGACUUAUCCAGCCCUCCCUCUCUCCUCGUGGACUUCUAUACGAUUUCACCGCCUGGCUUUUUGGAAAGGUGCAUGCCAGCGUUCUGGUGUAUCAGUGCAGUGAGUUCCACUUGGUAUUUCGUUGCUACUUGCUGCCGGAGGAUGCCCAUCUGAAACAGAAGGUGGAGCUAGAUGAGGAGAAAUGUGGGGGGGUUAAAAAGCUUUAUCCAAGCCCCAACAACUCUCUACAGAUUAAUGAAUUUUACAGCCUGUCUGUGGUUAAGUCUACUAACUGUGUCUACCCGGAUGAGCUGAUGCUGAGGUACAGUGAAACCCCCAACUUCUUCCAGGUGGAGCUUCCUGAUCCGCCCCCCGCCUUCUUCCACAUGCAGUUAUUCAGCUCAGCCAGCAGGCAGGAGCUGUGUGGAUCACCUGUGUGGAGAGCAAAGUUCCAGACUGCAACACAAGGCAGGCAGACCAGGAGCAGACACCUGACACAAGGAAUUGCCUCUGGCAGGUGUUCGGCAUGCCGUAUAGGUGGUGCAGUAGACGGACGAGGAGAAGGGGAGGCAGGAGGAGUGGAGACCAUUGAUGGGCCAUCACAACCCAGCAAGGUACCGGACAGCCAGAUUGUGGCAUUUGUGGAUGGCAAUAUGGCGAAGAUCAUUGACAGAGUAGCAGGGGUGAUGUCAAUAGCAGACCAGCUCUUCCCCCAGGGUAUUUUGGGCCAGGAGACCUACGCCGACAUCCAAGCUGCUGCCACAAGUCAGGCCAAAAUGAGGAAGCUGUAUGAUGGCCUGCGCUCAGCUGGGGCUAAGGGCAAACUGGCUUUUUACAGGAUCCUACAGGCACAGGAGCCCCAUCUAGUGGAGGAGCUAUGGACUGCAGAAUGAAAGCACAUCCAGCCUGCCAAAAUCUUUGCUCAGUGGAUGCGUACGUGCAUCUAGAUAUCCAGCCAAAUACUGCACUCCUUUAUUUUUCAAAAGGUUCUGGUGGCAGUACUCCAAUAUUUACUUUAUUUAUUUUCUUCAAAUCCCCAUCAAUUAUUUGAUGAGUUUUGUAAAAUACUGCCACUUGUCCUGACAAAUGCUGCUCUUCUUAUCUUCUGCCAAAUACUGCUCGCUCUCUUUUAGCUAUUGUUCUGCCAUACCUAUUUUCAUGUGUGUAAAGAGUCUCAAUGAGAGGUUUUGUUAUCACCAGUAGCUUACUAGGUAUG